GGAGGAGGAGGGGAAGGAGUGAGAGGAGGGAAGGAGGAGAGGAGGGGAGGAGAGAGGGAGGAGGAGAGGAGAGGAGGAGAGGAGGGGAGGAGAGGAGGGGGAGGAGGAGAGGAGGGGAGCAGGAGAGGAGGGGAGGAGGGGAGGAGGGGGAGGAGGGGGGGGAGGGGGAGGAGGGGGAGGAGGGGAAAAAGAAAGGAGGGGAGGAGGGGAGCAUGGGAGGAUGGGAAAGUGAGAGAGCCAGGAAGAAGCUGUUGUGAGGGGGGGAGAGUGCGAGUGUGAG